AUGGGUACUGCAAACUCUACCGUAAAGUCCGGUUUGCAGCCGGGCUCGCACAGAGCAAAUUUCAGGAGACUGCGCCGGAUCGCCAGUUCGUUCGAUCAGGAUGAGGCAGGGCUUCAACCUAUCGAACAUGAAUCACGCGAGAUUGAAGGAGCUAUCGAAUCACCAGAGUCACCUGCCGAGAACAUACAUUUUCAGUUCCUUGACCAGUGUGUCCAAGAGAUAUCGACCUACAAGCUUGAGGCUCGUGCCAAGACAGCGACUUCAGUCAUCGACGAUAUUGAAAAGGCACUGCAGAAGCAGCCAGACGCCAAGGAUGCGGCCCGAUUCCUGACUACCAUCGAGAGACUGAGAUCACAAAACAAGCCGACAAAGACCGUGAUAGGUAUGCUUGGUGACACCGGUUCUGGCAAAAGCUCCAUUGUCAAUGCUCUAUUGGAUGAGGAGAUGAUCGUGCCGACAAAUUGCAUGCGUGCCUGCACGUCCGUCAUUACCGAGUUGUCAUACAACGCCUCGAAUGAUCCCGAUGAGCGCUAUCGAGCUGAAGUCGAGUUCAUCUCUCCCGACGACUGGAGAAACGAGCUCUCACAGCUCUCUCAUGAUCUUCUCAAUGGGGCCGGCGAGGUCGUUAGAGAAUCUUUGAACGCAGAGACAGAAGCAGGAGUGUCCUGGGCUAAAAUCAAUGCUGUAUAUCCAGAGUUGACAAAGGAAAGCUUUGCAGAUACGAACAUCGACACUCUUGCCAGUACGCCAUAUGUACAAGCUGUACUUGGAGCGAAGCACAUCAUCACCGACUCAGACUCCGCGUCCUUUUUCGAGGAGAUGCAAAAGUACAUUGACAGCGAUGCACAAGAGGGCCAGAGAAAAAGAGCUGGCGGAAGGAAGCAACUUCAAUACUGGCCUUUAAUCAAGGUUGUUCGCAUCUUUGUUAAGGCAGAUGUUCUCUCGACAGGAGCUGUCAUUGUCGACUUGCCUGGUGUGCAAGAUUCCAAUGCCGCUCGUGCAGCUAUGGCUGAGAAGUACAUUGAAAACUGCAAAUACAUAUGGAUCGUCGCACCGAUCACACGAGCAGUCGACGACAAGACAGCUCAAAAGCUCUUGGGCCAAACAUUCAAGCUACAACUGAAACUCGAUUGCAAACUCGACCGCGUCACAUUCAUUUGCUCCAAGACGGAUGAGAUCUCAGUCGUGGAGGCUGCCAAAUCUUUCAGAGGCCAGGAAGACAUGUCAACUCGCCUGCAGUAUCUGCAACGUAUUGAGGCCGACUUUGAUAAAAGCAGAGAAGAAUGCCAAGGUAUCAAAGAUGAUCUUCGUCAAGUCGAGCUCUUUAUAGAACAGAUUCAACAGCAGAUCGAUCACUGGAGUGAACAGCUCGCUGGUCUUGAUAAGGGUAACAUGGCUCAGCCAUACACCGGUGCACCAUGCAAGAGAAAAACUUCAGUCCAAAAUACCACACCUCUCAAGAAGCGCCGUAUCGACCUCGAUUCAAUAUCCAUAUCUGACAGCGACAUCAGCGAUGGCGACAACGACCCUAUCAAGGAAGAGAUUGAGGAGAAGCCAACAAUCAGGGAGGAGAGUCCCGUGGAGUCUCUCACACCAGCGCGCAUUUGGAAUGAGGUCAAUAGAUUGCAACGCGAGAAAACAAAGAUCCACGAAAAGCAGGAUUAUCUGCAUACUCAGUGGGAUAAAGCUUUUGAUGAACACAGAAGAGAUGCCAGGGCAAAGUCGGCGGCUGAGAUUGACCUCAAAUCUCUGUGUAUUCAGAGCCGAAACAAAUUUUCCAAGAACGCCAUUCAGCAAGAUUUUGCUCGAGGCAUCAAGGAAUCGGACCAAGAGCUCGCCGUACGCGAAAGUGAGGAAUCAUUCAACCCUGAACACAACGUCAGAGACUAUAAAGCAAUCGCCUCAUCCUUUCCGGUCUUCUGUGUCUCUUCAAAAGCCUACCAAAAGUUGAGAGGACGAUUCAAAAGGGAUGAGAAGGUAAAAGGAUUUUCUACACUAGAAAGUACUGGGAUGCCUCAAUUGCGAAUGCUCGCAAAGAAGCUCACCGAGUCUUCCCGUGAGGAUAUUGCCCGAAGUUACAUGAAGAACUUCAGACAAUUUAUUCUGACUCUGAGUCUCUGGGCUCAGAAAAAGGGUAACAGAGCCCAGUUGACUGAGGUCAUGUUCAAGAAAGACUUGGAUCAACUUGAAAUGGAUUUGGAUUUCGCUGCCGAAACGGUCACAUCAGAGUGUCGUGCCAUAUUGGCUCGAUAUCUGUACGACAAAUUCGAUAGGUCGAGCACAUCGGCCGCCAAAGCGGCCUUAAAGACGGCGCAGAAAUGGUUUGGCCCGCGGAUUGAUGGUGGUUACGCAUGGAACACAUACCAGGCCAUUUGUAUUCGCAAGCAAGUCUCCCCAUUUCGUGGCGUGCACACCACAAGGUCAGUAGGCCAUGUCGACCUCAACGAAGAUCUUGCAGCGCCGAUCAAGAAGUUAUUGGCAAAUUCAUGGGAGGUCGUGUUCAGUGCUCGAAUUCCCGAUGCUAUAGCCAAGUUUCCCGCCAUGUCUCAGAGCGUCCGCGAGAAGUUUCACAGCAACGUCAAGGGUCGUAUCCCAAAGAAGGACCAUAAAGUUCUCCAGGCUUCUCUGAUGGAGCAUGUAAGAUACGAGGAUAUCUUCAAGACGUUCCAGUCGAAGGUAACCAGGCUGCAGCGGGAAGCCAACAGAGAGUUCACACCUGCUGUAACAAGAAACAUGACUCGGAUCUAUGAACGUUGCACAAGAGAAAGAGGCGCCGGAAUGUACUCUCGUAUGAAAGACACGACGUUGCGUUCCGUCAAGAAAAGUCGUUCCUCGAUGUUUUCAGAAGCAACCAGCGGUGCCCGUGGCAAGCUGGACGCAAUUUGCGAUGAGCUCGAGUCGGAACUUUCUGCUCGUAUCACUCAGUCCAUCAGUGGCAUUUUAUACGAUUUCGAGUCGGGUGUCAUUGGUAGCAACCUGGCUGAUGCCUCCAGAGCUGCUCGGGUCGAGGUCCGCAAAGUUUUGUCCACUACUGACGCCCUUUUCGGAGUUCCAGUAGAAGAUGACCGCGAUGUCAUUUGUCUAUCCUGA